UAGAGGUGUUUGGAGUUUGUUGGUUUGUUUUGUUUCCUUUUCCUAUAGAAACAGAAAAAAAUCAGAAGGCUCCUUCCAGCCCCUCUAUGGCUUAUGCUAUUAGAGAUGAAGAAGACUGUUGGCAGCCCAGUUCCUCGGAGGCAUAAGAACAGCAUCAACGCAGGGCUUGGAGCACAGCUCGAGUGUUUGUUGUCCCUUGACAAGUGGCCUGUGGGGCUGAGCUGGUGACAGGCUCCUGCUCCCAGCCAGGCCACUGACCGGGCAGGAAGGGCUGAUGUGAGCUCAGCAGCUUCUCAUAGAGCAAAUGUGCUAUCUUAGGAAUGUUGCUGUCUGUGACUUGUCUGAAAGUUGCUGUAGUACAUGCCCCUUCUGUCAGCUCUGUGCACCAUCUGCACUCAGUUCCUCUUUGCCUGCUGCUUGCCGUCUUAGGGAAUGGGGGACAAAGUUUCACAGUGGGUAAACAAAGGUGAUCCUUUCCUUCUGCAAGCCAGCAGGAGGGGCCUUGGUGGCUCUCCCACGUUCAGUUCAGUGCCUGUCUGGUGGCUGCUGCUGGACUGAGCUGCUGCAAGGGCACGUGCUAAGGUGAUCAUGGUCAUUAGGAGGCAAAAGGAGAGCAAACCUCCCCAAGGGGAGAGCAGGUGUCAGAUGUUAGAAGCAAGUAAGCUUCAGUAGGGAGGAAGAAGGAAUGUAACUUCUGCAGGGCUCCAGCUGGUAGCUUCAGCAGUUAGCAAGGUUUUACUGUGGUAGGAGAAAGGGCAAUCUGCUCCUGGGCUCAGAGGGCUUCUUUGCAGCUUCCACUGCUCCCUGACAGGUGUGCGUGUGGAGGGGGCCUCAGAUCCACAAAAUCAGCUCCCACACUCAGUGUGAACUUGGCCUCUUGUUUGUGCGUGGCGUGAGGUUCAGUGCAAGUUGGUGGUGUGGAACUAACGCAGUAAAGAGGCGAGUUCUGACCCUUAGAGUAAGAGUUUUAGCAAAUACGCUGCCAAAGAGCAUGAGUGCCAGCCAGUCUGUUGUUAACUGUGUAACUAUGUGCUUUUAGUUCCCUGCUGAAGCCAUGUAUUGUGGCGCAUAGCCUGGCUUGUUUGUGCAGUCAGCCCAGGUGUGCUGAACUCUGGCACCACAAUCUUUUCCAGACUGUGAAGUUCAGCAUAUGUCGUCCCUCUUGCAGUAGGCAGGGGUCCCCUCAGGGACUGAACUUGCUGAAACAACAUCAGGUAGAUGACAAAGAGGACAACAGAGCUCAGGAGGAACGGUAAAAUGCACACAGCUCAGCAGUGGCAUUUUGUCCUGCUGCAGCAGGUGAGUAGGCAUCUUGCAGGCAGGUUUACAGAUGCAGUAAAGCUGCUGAAAGACUCCAAAACAACUGCAGAGGAGGGGUUGUAGUCAUCCAAAUUGGAAUACGUAUUAAUAAACAGACUAGAGAGGGUCAUUGCUAGCAAAUGACUUUGGUGCAUUCUCACUUUAGGGAAAGAAAAUGCUAGUAAGUGCUCGUAUAGAGGGUAACGUUAAUAAAACAGCACGUGCUGCUGUUAUUCACGUGCUGUUAUUGCAGCACCAUGGUUGUGCUGAGAGCCUGGAAGAAGCAGCAGAAGCAGCAGUGCUGCCCGAGGAAAUACUCUCUGUGGGAGCUUUACUGCAGGGCAUGCCCGUGUGCUGAGGGGGAGCACAUUUGCACUCCUGACUUUUUCAUGUCCUGACUGCUGUGUUGAAAUCGUUGUUUCUACAGAGAUUCUCCAAAGCAGAUGUGGUGGCCAGUGAAGAACAAACAUUUUGAGCUGCAUGGAGGUUUUAACAACUUCCUCACCUCUUUUUAACAUUCUCUGCAGCUGAUUCAUACUAACUCUGUUGUCCUGAGCUAUCAGAGCACAACAAAGAUCUCUUCUGUAGCUCCAGAAUGACCAGUCGUGAACCCGUUCUGUUUCCACACUUGCUACUUUCGUGCCAGGCCAGAAGAUGUCCUGUGCCAGGAGCUGUGCUGUAUCAACUGCCUUCUGGGCUGCCAUUAGGAUCAUUCAUGCUGUCCUGGAGAAGUAUGGGACCUAUGAGAGCUUCGAAGUUGCCACUGGUGGGAGACUGCUGAGCAAGUGCCAGAUCUGGUCUGUUAUCCGAAAGUACAUGCAGAAGGAAGGCUGCGCAGGGGAGGUAGUGGUGCAGCUCACCGAUGAUCUCCUGUCUCAGGCUGUGAUGAUGGUGGAGGACAGCCGACCAACACUGGCCAUCAACCUGUCUGGAGCCCGGCAGUUCUGGCUGGAGGGCAUGCUGCGCCAUGAGAUAGGCACGCACUACAUCCGUGGGGUGAACAACACCCGCCAGCCCUGGCACAGCUCGGAGGGCCGCAAGCAGUACAGCCUGAAGCCUGCCAACCCCACGGAGGAAGGUUUGGCCAGCCUGCACAGUGUCCUCUUCCGCAAGCAGCCCUUCCUCUGGCGUGCAGCCUUGCUCUACUACACCAUUGAGAGGGCCAGCCACCUCUCCUUCUCCGCGCUCUUCCAGGACCUGGAGCAAUACGUCCAGGAUGCUGGCAUCCGGUGGGAGUACUGCGUGCGGGCCAAGCGGGGCCAGACUGACACCUCACAGCCAGGCUGCUUCAGUAAGGACCAGGUGUACCUGGAUGGGAUUCUCCGCAUCCUGCGACAUCGGCAGACAAUCGACUUCCCAUUGCUGGCUGCUCUUGGAAAGGUCUCCUACGAAGAUGUGAACCGCCUGAAGAAAUUUGGCGUCCUGGAAAAGGCUCGCAUCCCCCAUUUCAUGCAGGACCUGGAGCGGUACAUGAAGCAGCUCGACCACAUUGUCACCACCAACCAGCUGGAUGAGCAGGAGCUGGAAGAGCUGCUGCCUGAAUACCUGCCCCGUCAUUGCAGGCCGUGCAGACCUACAAGUAAACACGACUGCACCCCAAAUACGUGCUCUGCCAGGCAUCAAGGCACAAAGGACUCGGGGUAGGGAUCUGGCUUGAUGUUACGAACAAAGGUGUAAUAAAACCCAUGUAAUGGAAA